UAGCAGAGAGAGAGAGGGGCUGUUGGACACAGAGAGAGAGCGAAGGAGGAGUCGCUUGUAUUGUCCUAAAAAACUUUCAAAUUCGCAUCAGAAGAAGUUUAGAAGAGAAAGAGAAGAAUAAUCAACUAUGAAAGAGGUAGAAAUUGGGGGAAAAUGAGAGAAAAUGAGAGGGAAAAUGGAGAGGUAGAUUUAUCUUGCUGUGGUUACAGCUUAAACAGUGAUUCUUGUUUAGAUAUAAUGAUUGCUUUCGGUGGUUCACGUUCACGCCAUCCUUAUUGAACCAGAAAUUCAUACUAGCUAAUACAUAGCGCUUCUCUUUAUUUCAGUUGCUGUUGAUGCUAUUGAAGGUCUCUUAAAGGUAACUGGACCUGGAAAGCUUCUUCCCUGUUUCAGUAAUUUUUGGCAAAUUCAUCUUCUGCAUCUCAUUGUGGUUACCGAUCUUGCCUGUUGGCAAAGUUUGUAAUUUGGGUAUUUGAUGGGCUGUUCAAAUUCAUGAUUCAUUUAAUCAUCAUGGAAUUGGGGUUAAUUCCAAUGAAGUGGUUUUAAAUGGAAAGAAACCUGAACAAUGCUGCAAUGGAACAGUCAGACAAACAGAAACAAUUUCAAUACAGUUCCAGGGAAUCUGGACAGCAGGGAUUCCCACCUGCAUCUCAAGCAUUUAUGCUAGACCCUGCUAGCAGCAGAAAUAGUAAUGUAAGACUUCCUCCCAACCUUAAUGUAUCAGAGGUUAAACCUGUACAUAAUUAUUCCAUAACAGGUGAGGAGUUUGCUUUUGAAUUUAUGCGUGACCGAGUUAAUCACAAGAAGCCCCUUAUCCCCAAUGCUGCUGGUGAUCCCAAUUAUGCAACAGGGUAUAUGGAACUAAAAGGCAUUUUAGGUAUUAGUCAUACAGGGUCUGAAAGUGGGUCAGAUAUAUCAAUGCUCACCGUAGCAGAGAAAGGUCCAAAAGAAUUUGAAAGAACAAGCUCAUCCUUGCAUGAGGGGAGAAGCAACUACGGGUCAGUUCAGUCAGUACCACGAACUUCAUUGGGUUAUGAGAAUCGAGGACAUAUCCUUGGUUAUGCCUCAUCAGGAGCCUCUGACAACUUGUCUGGAAAGAUGAAAGUUCUCUGCAGCUUUGGUGGUAAAAUUCUGCCUCGUCCUAGUGAUGGAAAGCUCAGAUAUGUUGGAGGUGAAACACGCAUUAUACGCAUCACGAGGGACAUUUCAUGGCAGGAGCUUAAGCAGAAAACUUUAUCAAUCUAUGACCAAGUGCAAGUUAUAAAAUAUCAACUCCCUGGAGAGGAUCUUGAUGCCUUGGUUUCUGUUUCAUCUGAUGAGGAUUUGGUGAAUAUGAUGGAGGAAUGGAGUGAAGUUGAAGAUAGAGAAGGAUCACAAAAGCUUAGAAUGUUUUUAUUCUCCAUGAGUGACUUAGAUGAUGCUCAGUUUGGCUUGGGUAGUGCAGAGGGUGAUUCUGAGAUUCAGUAUGUAGUUGCUGUUAAUGGCAUGGACGUGGGAUCCAGGAAAAACUCGACCCUGCAUGGUUUGGCAAGCUCUUCAGGAAAUAAUUUAGAACAGUUAGAUAGACUAAAUAUUGACAGAGGGAUGAGUGGAGCUGCAACUGUCUCUGUUGGUAUCAGUACUUUGCCACUUACUGGUCCACCGAUUCAAACCCAUCCACAUCCACAGAUUUAUCAUGGCCAGUUCGAACAUAGAGAACCUCAGCAUUUCCUGCUGCAUGAUCGUCGCAAUUCUUCAAAUUACCCCCCUUUUGAAGAAACUCCUCAGUCAGCACCUCUCCAUGGGCUUUCAAAUCAACAGGGAGGUUUGCAUGAGGGACAUUCAGGUACUAGCUUUCAGGUGCAUAAAUCUCAGAUAUUAGUAAAGGAGGAGAAGCCAAAACCUGAUGUUUCAGUUCAGCAAGAUAUUGAUCCUGAAAAAAGUCGUCCUCUGGAGAAAAUUUACCAUGUUCCAGUUGAUGAAGUGCCAGUCGGGGUUGCACUGCAAGGAGAUCCUCAUUCUCUCUCCUCAAAAAAUGAGGGAAAGUACCAGGAACCUGAAAAGGUAUCUUCUUCUGUUGAUGCUGUGAAUGCAGUCCAGGUUCCUAAAUCUUCUGAAGAUGAUCUAUGUUCCACAUCUGAUGGUACGUUUGGUCAAGUCUAUGCUGAUUCUGCUUCCAAUCUGAUUGACUUGAGUUACCUUGAACCAUCAGCACCUCCUCAGAGAGUUUACUAUUCAGAGAGAAUACCGCGGGAGCAAGCAGACUUGCUGAAUAGGUUAUCAAAGUCUGAUGACUCACUUGGUUCUCAGUUGCUUACUUCAAUUGCAGAAUCUGUUGAGAAGUUCCAUCAGAGUAAUUUUGCUCUCCAUACGGAGAUCUCCAUGUCAACUUCAAAACCAUCGUAUUCAGACACUCAAACCAUCAAUGAUGGUCUUUCCCAACUUCAGAAGUACAAGGAGUUUGCUGAUGCAGUCUCUCAGAUGAACAAAAAGCUAUCUGAUUCCGAUUACAUGUCGGAGAAGAACAGUGUCCUUGCGGGUGACUUUAAUACUGAUUAUACCGCAGGUAAUAAUAUGAAACACCUGGCUGAGGAACUGGGAGAAGCUGGAUCUGGCCAUUCAGCUGUGCGCCAAGUAACUGCUGUCAUGCCUCAGAAGGAUCCAGCAUCGAAUCUUUCAGAGCGUAAAUAUUUUGAGACAACCAGCAAGGAGUCCACAAGUAAUAACAAUCUUGGACAUUCUCAGCCAUUUUCUGGCACAGAUUGCUCAACAAAAGAUGUUUCAAAAGGAGUGACCCCUGUUGGUGUUCCAGCAGCAAAGCAGGCAGACAUCAGCAUAGAUAUUAAUGACAGAUUCCCUCGUGGUUUCCUUGCUGAAAUAUUCUCUGGAGGGAUACCUACUGAAGAUACCUCUGGUGUUAACCCAAUUCACAAAGACGGAGCAGGUGUGAGUGUGAACAUGGAAAAUCAUGAGCCCAAGCAUUGGUCAUAUUUUCAGAAGUUGGCACAGGAAGGGUUUGUUCAAAAAGAAGCUGCUGAUGCUAAUCCAGAUCAUGGUACUCAAUCUGCACCUGCAAAAGUUGAAGAAGGAGAUUCUUAUCAUUUAACAACUUUGACAACUGAUGCAAUGUCAAUGGACCAUGAUUAUUCCCAAGUCAAUUUUGGUGAAGACAUUAAGAAAAAUUUACCAGGAGUGGUAGGAGCUGACUCUACAGUGCUUUCAGAUUUUGUUCAUUCUCCAGUGAAGAACAGUGGAAGUGUGCAAUUUGAUGCUAUGAAGGAGAACCUAAAAUCACCAGAAUCAUUCUAUGAGGGUUCUAAGUUGGAAAAAAGGAGUGCUGGCCUACCUCCUCUUGAUCCAUCUCUGGUAGAUUUUGACAUCAAUACUUUGCAGCAGGUCAUAAAGAAUGAUGACCUUGAAGAGCUCAUUGAAUUGGGUUCUGGUACUUUUGGUACUGUGUAUCAUGGAAAAUGGAGGGGUUCAGAUGUUGCCAUUAAGAGGCUAAAGAAGAUCUGCUUCACUGGUCGCUCAUCAGAGGAAGAGAGAUUGACAUUAGAGUUUUGGCGGGAAGCUGAAAUCCUUUCAAAGCUUCACCAUCCAAAUGUGGUAGCAUUUUAUGGUGUGGUGCAAGAUGGACCUGGAGGGACACUAGCUACUGUGACAGAAUACAUGGUUGAUGGUUCUCUUAGGCAUGUUUUACUUAAGAAGGAUAGGUAUCUAGAUCGUCGGAAGCGGCUUCUAAUAGCCAUGGAUGCUGCAUUUGGAAUGGAGUAUUUACACUCAAAGAACAUUGUGCAUUUUGAUUUGAAAUGUGACAACUUACUUGUGAACUUGAAAGAUCCCCAGCGACCAAUCUGCAAGGUUGGUGAUUUCGGCCUGUCAAAAAUUAAACGAAAUACCUUGGUUUCUGGAGGUGUACGGGGAACUCUACCAUGGAUGGCACCAGAACUGCUAAAUGGCAGCAGCAAUAAGGUCUCAGAAAAGGUUGAUGUUUUCUCCUUUGGAAUUGUCUUGUGGGAGAUCCUCACUGGCGAGGAGCCAUAUGCCAACAUGCAUUAUGGUGCCAUCAUAGGGGGAAUUGUAAAUAACACAUUGAGGCCAGCCAUUCCAAGCACCUGUGAUCCUGAAUGGAAAAGGCUGAUGGAGCAGUGUUGGGCCCCUAAUCCUGCAGUCAGGCCAUCCUUCACUGAAAUUGCUGGUCGAUUGCGAGUAAUGUCAACAGCUGCUGGCCAAAACAAGGGACACAAUAACAAAACAUCAAAGUAAUUGUAAUGAAAGACUGGCAGCCCAAAUUUAUAGGACUAAUAUUUGGUGGCAGAAUUUGAAAACUUAAUUAUUUGGUUUUUUUCCCUCAAAAUUCUAGGUUUAUAGUUUUUAAUGCUAACGAGUUUUUGUUAUUCGAGGAAGAAAUUCUAAACUUAAAUUAUUUUGGGUGUUUUAUUUUCUCAUGA